GAAAUUUUAAAUUUCUUCUGAAUUUAAGUAGGCUUUGGGCUACCAUGUUUCAAGAUACUUAUUGAUUAAUUUAAUUUGAAUUGCUCUUAGCAAUUUUAAAGAUAACAUAAUUCCAUUUUAAAUAGGAAAUACUUUUUCUAAGUUGAAAUUAGAAUUUCAUUUGCAAUUAAGAUUUGGUUCUACCCGUUAGGCCUUCUUUUCUCUCUCCGUCAGUUAUUUAAUUAACUCAACCAAAAUUUUCCUAGGUUUUCCCAAUUGGCUUAAGCCUGUCAGUGGCAAACCCCCAAAAGAAAAAUUAGGGUUUUCCUCAAUACUUAGGUUAGGUAGUGUUAUCCUGCUAAUGCAGCAACACCAAUCCCUAGGUGUAUCGACUCAACAGCGCCACCACCCUGUCAUUUUUCCUAACAUUGGGAGCAAAACUUCUCUUCUUCUUCUCUCUCUCUCAGCUGCCUUCUUCUGAUUUGACUACUGUUGCCGUUUUGGGUUUGUACCUGUGAGAAUCAUAAAAGCAGAGAACUUUAGAAACAUUUAACAAAAGUUUGUGAAACUUGAACACUUCGUUUCAAAAUUGUCUGACUCUCACCCUACCUUCCCUUCUCACGCUGGAAUCCUACCCAGCUAAGGCUAAAGUAGGUCAACAAAGGAACCGAUAGGCGUCCGCCAAAUAUUGAACACGCAGCUAGAAACGCUCUGAUUGGUGUUUGGUUGACAAUCCUACCAGCUGAGAAACCAAUACUGUCAUUGCUAUCAUUUUUCUUCCGCCCCGGAGAAAUUUUUAUAGCAAUCACAGUCCUGGUAUUUAGAAAUCCCAAUUUCCAAAGGCCUGUCUAGAAGCAUCCUUCUAAAUCAAACUUAACAUUUAUAAUUGUACUCAUUCUGUAACCAGAAAAGGUUAUUUUGUGUUGUCUUUCUCUCUCAUCUUACCAGUGGCUCUAAUCUUUCCUUACAAAAAAAGAAAACCCUUUCUUUUAUAGGAAAAGUGGAAGCAGCCAAAUAUUAUUCUGUUCCUUGUUCUGUUUGUUACUCCUCUUUUCUCCAUCUGUUCUCUAGCUGUGCUACCUGUGUGUGCUUAUUAAUUUUCUCCACAGAGACUACAAAUUAUAAGCACGCCCACCAGAGAUUCACAGUCGAUGAGAACUACACUCACCUGCCCAUUACACACUCAACAUCAACCCACAUUGCACACUUACACCUCUGUUUUUCCCUUGUUUUGGUUUUGUUUUGUUUUCUCCUCUUCAAGGUCUGUGUCAGUCUAGGUUCUAGAUCUCCCUCACCACGUCCAAACAUGUCUCGCACAACAGACCCUGUUGGCCACUGGGAGGACCUGGAGACAUGGCUAAGUGUUGCAACAGACAGCCUCCUACCUAAGGCUGCUGAAACACUGAAGCAUCAGACACAGGACCAGCUGGAUGAAAACAUAACAAGCCUCACAAGACAAGACCCAAGUCAGAGCUACAGUCACAAAGAACUAGCCAAGAUCACCAGCUCCUUAAGCCACACACUCAUCACCACCCUUAAGCUGAGCGACAGGCACGCCGCCCAUCUCCAGCAGGAGCUAACACGUGCACAACGACGUGUCGAACAGCUAGAACAGGAGGCUCAGGAACGACGGGAAGGACCUGAUGAAGUGGAACAAGGCGCAGAGGAGGAUAUCACCAGGCUAAGAGAGACACUAGUAGCUACUACACAAGAAAUGGAACAAGUCAAGACAGACUACGGUGAUCUCUCCAACAAGCUACAGUAUGCGGAACAGCUCCUUGAAAAGGCCAAGGCAGACUUCAGAGACAAGAAUGGCAGAAUUAAAGCCCUUGAAACUCACCUGGAUGAGUCAAGAAACGAGAUCAGCCGCCUAACACGACAGCUGGACUACAUCAAAGAGGAGUCAGACAGCUUCAGAGAGGAACUCAGACAUGCCUACGAGCUGCGCUCUGAGCCUCCAAGGACACGACGGACACCAGUCUCACCCGUGCCAAGCAGGCCCGGGUCCCCUGUUCCUGGACUGACCUGUGAUCAAAAGGGGGAGGGGGCAGUGCUGAAACACCCACCUGCUCCCCUUGAAGAACUUUACAUCCUGACAAAGCUAAAAGAAACUGCUCCAGCCAGCCACAGAUCAUCGCGUGGCUUGUACCUCAAGGACCUCGACAAGCUCACUAGGAACACUGGCAAAUUUACCCCAAAUGUGCCAGGCAGUCAAGAGAUCAAAGGAUAUCUGCAAGAUGUCGACUUUCAUCUGGAAAUGAGACCCAGUGCCACCGACAAAGAUAGACUUUAUUUGAUCCGAGCAACAUCCAGCUCAGAGGUUCGCAGUUUCCUGGACCGACAGCCGGCCCACACAAAGACUGAUUACAACCUGCUCAGAGAAGCCCUCAUCAAAGAGUUUGCUGACCCUGAGUCGGAACAAGGACUAGUGGCUGCCCUGGAGACGAAACAAGGUCGUCAGGAAUCUUCCCAAUUGUUCCACAGCCGACUCAGACGAGCGUACUUCGGGACUCACAAUGAACAGAAUAUUGAGGAAGACGUAAAUUUUAAAACUCUCUUCCUGAGGAAUCUUCACCCUGGGGUAAGCCACCAUCUUGGCGUCCUUGCAUGUCCACGCACCAUGAGUGCUCAACAACUGCGAGACUUGGCGCACAAGGCCUACUGCAAACAGAAGAUGGCUUCAGAAAAGAGCAUCAAAACCAUGGCAGUUCUCGACUUCAACAGUCAGGGCGCCCAAUGUCAAGAUCAUGCCAAGCCAACACCCAAAGAGUGGAAUGCAUCCUUGUCCAACAGAAAACGGGACUCCCACGCUGGUACCCAACCUAAACGAAGGAACAAUCGCUGGGAUGGACCACAUGGACGACACCGCUCACCUGGACAUCACUGGGAAAACUCAUGGGACCAAUCAAGACCUCAUGAAAGACAUUGGGAGAGAUCGUGGAACCAGCCCAGCUCAUUUGGAAACUCAAGAGGAAAAAGCUCAUGGGAAUUCAAUGGAAUCUCCAAGGUAAAACGACAAACACACCCUGGAGCAGCCAGCCCAAGGAAUCGACGGAAAAACUCACGAAGAUUCCAAGCUGACCGAGCUCAACCUGAAUCCACGCAAGAACAAAAGACUUCACCGUGCUUUGAAUCACAAGAACUGAUGAAGAUGAUGAUAAAAGAGUUCUUCCAACAAAAGGAGGAGGACCGGAAGUGGGAAAAGAAAGAGAAACCAGAUUCAGCCUGACUAGCAGCCGGACGAGAAGACAGCGACCACCUGACACAACAAACCACAGAGAACAGCACUCCUUCACCUCACUCUCAGAGAACCGUAACUACUCUAACGUCAGAUGGACAAGAAAUCCUACCUGAAAACCCAGCAACAGAGUUAGUCCCUAACUCAACACCUGAUGCCCCUGAUCACAGCAGUGUCCAGCAAACCCCUGCUGACGAAACCUCUCAAGUCCCUGAAAGUGCUGUCUUGGUCGUCUGCCAUUCCUCCGUAGAACACCAGAUCAGUCCUGACAUCCUACCUGUUUCCUCCCAAACUCCAGUCCCUCAACUCCUGGGCGACCUCAUUGAGAAAGGUAUAGCAAGAAAGUUUUACCUCUCCAUCAUCAUCGAACGCCACAUCAAAGUCGAAGCCCUUCUUGACACAGGAGCCGACAUCACUCUAAUGUCGACCAAACUCCUUGAAGAAGUCCAAGAAAGAACAAAGAGGUCUAAUAGCGCCCUCAAACAUCAAAGGUGUGAACUGAACCUCCACGCAUAUUCCCACACAGGCCUACAACUAAAACAUGUGGCCCCAAUUCACCUAACUGUGGGACCAAUGAAUCUCAUCCACCCAGUGUACGUUUCACCACUCAACACAUAUCCACUCCUUAUUGGGAAAGACCUGCUCAAUCGCUUUGAACCUUUAAUAGACUUCAAGCACUUGAAGAUAUGGACCCAAGUCCGCAAACCUCUGCCCUUCCAGUCAGUGAACCCCAAUGAGUCGCAGUGUCAAGCCACAGACACCGCCCCCCCUUCGCAAGGUCAAAGCCAAGAGCAAGCUCAACUCCGAGCAGCAAGAACCAAGACCCUUUACUCUGCU